GCACUGGUCCGUCCAUUUUGUUUUCCCUUGUACCAUUGCUAUGGUGGAGAUGGAUGACGGAGACGAGCCGGUUUUGAUUCCUUCUCACAGCGGCGGAUCUGGCUCUAAAUCUGGAGGAGACAAAAUGUUUUCCUUAAAGAAGUGGAAUGCCGUGGCAAUGUGGAGCUGGGACGUAGAGUGCGAUACCUGUGCCAUUUGUAGAGUUCAGGUUAUGGAUGCUUGCCUCCGAUGCCAGGCGGAAAAUAAACAAGAAGAUUGUGUCGUGGUCUGGGGAGAGUGCAACCACUCCUUCCACAACUGCUGCAUGUCCCUGUGGGUGAAACAGAAUAACCGGUGCCCACUCUGCCAGCAGGACUGGGUGGUUCAGAGAAUUGGCAAGUGAACGCGUCCUGUGCAUCAGGUGCAGGCUCACCCUCCUCGUACAGGCCUGAAUUUGGACUUGCCAAGAUGGGCUUGCCUUUACCUCUCGCCGUGUGGGGCGGCUACCAUCCGUCGGCCUGGGACUAAUCCGUUCAUUUGCCGGGAAGCGGACAGCUCCUGCAGACCUCUACUGGGAGCAAGUAUGAAUAGACGACCCUCCAGGAAAAGGCCUUCCAGCAGUUCUCUUCGCAUGUUUCGUGACUGUACAGGAGCCUGUUUUACUUGGUGAUGUAAUAAAACAAUCAAAAGAAAAUAGGUAUCAUCUGUUUGUGUGAAACCGAAGGAUGGGAAAACCCAAUGGGGGAGGGUUUUAGGGAUUUAAAGGGCCUGAUAUCUGGGAAUGCUUUGCUGAGGUUGGGAACAGGAUUUUAAAAGACAGGCCUGGGAAUGAUUUGACGGUAUAUACUGUAGGUCAAUCAAAGCAGAAGCUGGUGUUAAAUUGUACUUUCCUUUUUAAAAAAUGACGGUAGAAGUGCCAGUCCUCUUGACAUGAUAGCAGUUUUGUCCAGGAAUGCAUAUUUCUAAACUUAAUGGUUGUUGUGUGUUUUCUUUUUUGGUUUAUUCAGUGUUUAUUUGAAUCUUUCAUUAUAAGAAGGAUAAGCCAGAAGGGAGAAAGGGUCUCUCCCUAACAAUUUUAACUGCUCUGUUAUUCUUGAGUGUUUGAUUGCAAGUGUAUUUACUGAUUUAUUUAUUUUUUACCUUCUACCCUGGACAUCAUCUCAGUCUUCUGCAUGGUCAGAUGAUUCACUACUCCCUUGUUUUAUUUGAAUGGCAGCACUGUAGGAUACCACAUUAUGUCUUGUAAUAAGAGUUAAAAUAGGUUUAAAAUUCAGUUCUGUGUUAUAUACUUUAUCUUUGAUUCCUGAUGUCUUAAAGCUUUUCUACGUAUGUUAAUACAGCUACCAAGAAUGUUGUUGGGUUGUAAUAUUUUGUGGAUUUUUAUGGAUAGUAUUCUAUUAUGCGUCUAAACAGUGGCAUUUCAUUUUUCACUUACACCAAACAAUAUUCAGGUACUGAAGCAAUUAAAUUUUAAUUUUGAACA